AUGAAAUACGCAUUCAAAUUUACUGAUUCAGAGGCUAUAUCUUCUGCUGCAUCUCUCGCGUCAACAUCGGUCGCAAUAACACUGGCUGUCAUGAGGCAGCAUCGUCUGCUCAUGUCACCCAUCGGAUCACUAGUUACCACUAUUGCCAUGUUUGACGACGUCAUCUGUCUCGUUAUGUUGGCCAUCAUCACGCAGGUCUUUGCCCGUACCAUUGAAGGUUGGCAAAUAGCACGUCCCAUUGUUUCCAGCAUUUGUACCAUACUUGUCGGACUAGGCAUGGCUUUUGUUAUGCCAAAAGUGUAUCAUAUAACUAGGCCGUUAAUUGCAAUGAGGUCAGAAAAAGUUUGGAGAGAGGUGUUUCUUAGUUUUAUGUUUCUCUACGGAGCGACAUUCAGUUUUCUUUCUGAACUUGUUGGAAGUUCUCGUUUGUUGGGCGUGCUUUUAGCUGGAGUAUCUCUCGCUGGUAUUCCCGAAGCUUGUGAGCUAUGGGAGAAAAAAGUUGGAGCAAUUCAGAGAUGGCUAAUGGCUAUGUUUUUCGCUUCGAUCGGAUUUAUUAUUCCAAUCAAAAGCUUGUUUGAAGCAAAAAUUGUUGGUUACGGCUUGGCUUAUUCCGUCGUCUCUAUUUUUUCCAAGUUUGUUGCUUGCUUGGUUCCGAUGAUGGAUGGUAAACUAGCGAUUGGAUUUGCAAUGGUAGCCAGAGGAGAAGUGGGCUUAGUGCUAGUAAAACAAGCUUUUGAUAAAGGCAUGCUUGGUUUAGAUGCGUUGGCUGUGACUUGUUGGGCUAUCGUACUCUGUACUAUAAUUGGGGCAGUGGUAUCCGGCCGUAUUAUCAAAAAGAUAAGCCGUCGUAACACGGAAGAAGUGGUCGUUCUCGACGUUCAAGAGGAUAUCAAUGCGAAGGAUUCUGAUAAUUGCAAAAUUGGUGCAUCUUCCGGCGAGCAAUCGCAUGACAUUGGAGUGGUGGGAGACAAAGAGCGUGUAGUAAUCGAAGUUAAAGAUGAUAAAUACAAGGAAGCUGAAAUUUUGAGAGAGCAGACCCGUGUGGUUUUGGAAUUGCUUGGUUUGUGUUCAUUGUUGGUAAUCCGUAGACAUACAAUCUAUUCAGCGGGCGAUGUUUUAUUAAUAUUGGACUCGCAAACCACUGUAAGCGAUUGGGACAUUCAUUAUGUCAAUGAAAAUCCUGGAUGCACUAAAGAAGAAGCACACCGAAACCUUGGUGUUGAACUUGGUAUCCUCCUUAACAAACUGCCGAAAAGAAGUCGUCGUUAUACUAAAGCGGUCACCUUGAAAAAGGCCUUGGAGAACUGUGAGAACGAUUCCGCAAAUGAUUUAUUAUGGAAAAAUCAUCUCAGGAAAUUAGAAUCACUUGCUAUUUUGGAUCGAGUAUAUAAACGUGAAAUAAAAAGCAUCGCCAUACAAGAAGAAAUUGGGCGAGCUGAAGAAAAGAUAUUGGAGAAAAAACCAGAAAAACGUGACUCCGAUGAUCAAAGCGAAAAACGACAACGGAUAACUAGGAGUAUGAAUAUGCGAAAAACGGAAUCGUAUACAAAUUCAAUAACAGGUUCCGAAUCUUAUGGAUUAUUCGAAAACAAUGAAGAGAAUGAAUACAUCCAAGAUAAUGAGGAGCCAAAUAAGAAAUCGUUAAAAGAUCUGCUUGGUGAUGAUCUUCAGUGCUCAGAAAAUAUGAAAUCCAUCUGCCAACACCAUGACACACUAUAUCCCGGUGAAAAUUUAAUUGAUUUACGACCUAAUUCGAACUAUUUCAAGAAACUUCCUUUCAAAAUUUUGGAACCAUAUUUUGAGGAGCUUGAUGACAGAAUUGAGAAUUUAGUUCCAUCCAAUGUACACAAAUUCCUGACAGAGUUCUUUCAGCAAGAUUUGUCCGGCGAGGAAUGGCACAUCAAGAUUGAUGACCUACACUUUUCAGAUAAAAGUGAUUGGUUAAUGGUAUCAGUUAUACGAAUUUUGCGCAAAACAUUACCUCCAUUCAUCAUGGCAUUUUCCAUGGGUCCCCGAAAUCCACUACUUAACUUAGCUACAUUGGAGAAACCUCAUUUAAACUCUUAUGUCCAUCCAUGUUUACAAGCAUGUCUUUGGUAUAUUUCAUCAAUAUGCUACGAAUUCGGAGAAAUCGGAUCAAAAAAUCAUAUAAAACGUGAAUGUGCUGACGGUGUCGGACGACGAUUUCCCAAAACGCUUGCUGUUUUCGGUGGGCAAAGUUUCCGCCUUCGAAUUCACCUACAAUUUUUAGACUAUUGUGAAGGAAAGUUCUGUCUUAAUGAAGUGGACAACGCCAAUCUUCCACGUGACUUCACGGAGAUGGCGGACUUUGUAUUUUUUUAUGAGUGUGUGAUAAAAUGGGCCUUGCUGGCUCGGGAAGUAAAGAAAGGUUUUGAGGAAUCAAGAGCCGAAAAGAGACCAUCGAGACUCUCCUACCUUAAUAAUUUGAAUGUAGCGAAUACUCUAUAG